AUGCGUUAUCAGCUCGUGAGCUUUCUGUUGCUCUCGGGCGCCCUGUGCGGUAUUUCCCAGUCGGUAGGGUCUGAAGGUCGUUUACCAUGCGGCCGACGUAAAGUGAAGACGGUGUACUUGAUUCAGAACGGAAUAGACGCAAAGGCAGGUCACUGGCCAUGGCAUGCUGCGAUCUUUCAUCGUGCCAACGGUAAUGAGACGUACGUCUGUGGAGGAUCGAUCGUCGAUGAGAACACCAUUCUCACGUCCGCUCACUGCGUCUUCGAACGGCACCGAGUAAUCGCACAGAAUCGCGUGUCAGUGCAUGUCGGUCGAUCGCAGCUGAAAGAGGAAGGAGCCUACACGCAGAAGCAUGACGUGCGAGAGAUUAUAGUGCACUCUGGGUUUUCCCAAGAUAGCAUCGUCCAUGACAUUGCGCUGAUCAAGCUGGCAGGGAACAUCACAAUGACGAAGUUCGUACAACCUGUCUGUCUGUGGACGAUGGACAAUAAUCAGGACGCGAUCGUGGACAAAAACGGUACGAUCGUGGGGUUUGGACUAACGGAGCGAGAUGUAGUGUCUAACCAGCUGAAGCAAGCUCUAAUCCGUGUCGUUGACGCACUGACAUGUAUCGAAAGUGAUCGAGCCGUGAUCGGGACACACUUGACAGGGGACAUGUUCUGUGGACGUGGACCUUCGGGUGUUAGUGCGUGCAAUGGAGACAGUGGGGGUGGGAUGUUCUUCGAAGUCGAAGGUCGGUGGUUCGUUCGGGGUGUAGUUUCUUUCAUUUCUAGGCGAGAAAACACGGCACUGUGCGAUGGCACGAAACCCACCGUGUACACUGAUGCGGCGAAGUACGAGAAGUGGAUCGAGCAGUACGUUGAUCCUCGUGUUCUGGUCCGUGACACUGACGUGCUCGGGCUGAACUACGAAGAGAAGCUAGCGCUGUUUGAUUUCAACACCUGCGGAAUGAAAGCGCUUUCACUCGACGAAAACGGAUACACGCGGGCAUUGCCGUGGCUUGGAUUAGUCGGCACUUCAGAUACUGUGUCCGGGAACAUCGACGUGCAGUGCUUAGUGACGCUGAUAAGCAAAUGGUAUGCCGUGGGUCCUGCCGAUUGUUUCAAAAACGAUGGAGUGGAGUUACGCGUUCGAUUUGGGGGAUACUUUGAAACGCUCACGGAAAGCUGCAUCGAUCGCAAUGGGACGUCCCUAUGUACGAUACCCACGCAAACGCUACAAAUACAGCGGCUUAUUCUUCACCCGAAAUUCGACGUUUUAAAUCCGGCAGACAACAUAGCACUGAUCGAGCUGCUAAGCCCGGUGGACACAGCUCAAACCAAUGUAGCACCCAUCUGUCUGCCUGUGAUGCCGGAACUACGCACGAAUGAGAUCACGAAUUUAAGCGUGGCAUCGUUCUUGCUAAAUGAGCAAUCCUUCGACAGCACCCCUGUGCGGUAUGUGAAUGCAGCGGAUUGUAAGAAAACGUACGCUGACAAAGGGCUGGCUGUGAAUUUGGAGGGUAAGCGAAUUUGUGGCGUCUUGUCGGAGGAAGAUUCCAUGAAUUGCGUUGCUCUGAAAUCGGGUACUCCACUUCAGCAGCUGCGGACAUUGGGGAAAAGUGAGCGCUACUUUUUCCGGGGGUUUGAUAUAUACGCCCAUUCGUGCCACUCGCCGUUACCGGUCGUGUACAGUGACGGCGACGAGUAUCUCGAUUGGGUGCUGUACAAUAUGCGCUACAAUGAGGAAGAAAAAAAGUCUGAAGUAGAAGACGAUAACCUAGAGCACGAUUGGCAGCAGAAGCCGGAAAACGGCAAGCCAUGGAUGUUCAAUUUGAACUACUGUGGGCUGAGCACUAGCUGGAAUGAGGCGGGUUCACUUAAUUCCUGGAUUGGAAAGCUGGAAGCAGCGGAGAACGUAACCGAAAGGGGUCCCAUCACCGAGAGCUUGGUCGUGUUGAUAAGCGAGUGGUACGCGUUGGUUCCGGCUCAUAUUGUGCGAAAUCCUGUGUCCUGGCGCUCGAUCAGCUUGGGGUACUACGAUCGCAUCAUCGAACUUCGGUGUGAAACCACUCCUGGGUGUGUGCCACCGUACCAGCAGGUGCAAAUCAAGAACAUUACGCUUCAUCCCGGCUUCACUGAGGUGGAAGGAGAACAUAACAUCGCGCUGAUCGAGUUGCUAGAGCCAGCGAACUUCACAAAGCCCUACAUUCGACCCAUUUGUCUGCCCCUGACGGAGCGUCUGCGUAAAGCUGAACCGUUGAGUACGUCGCUGGCGGCUUAUGUCACUUCUUCCCGUAAUAAUCGAAACGUCACGGAGCUGAACACCUCCAACUGCCAGGAACGGCUCGCACAGGAAGGGUACUUUUCCCGGUUCAAGGGCACACCCCGGUGUGCGAUCGAUGUGGCUGGUAAUGGGAAAAAGUCGACAUCCGUUCAGUCGGGUGCACCGUUGCAAUCAUUGGUACGAAUCGGUGGACGGGAUCGGUACUUCCUCAGUGGGAUAAACUACUUCGAGGAUGGCUACCAUGAAGCGUACCCAAACAUGCCCUACCUUUUCACGGACAUCACGCCAUACCUCGACUGGAUAUUGGAGACCACUCAGAGGAGAGUUCACACGGGGCCGCCGAAGAAUCAAAUCCCGAAGUAUACGCGAAGGAACCUGCUGCCGGUGAAGAACACUACCAAGCGGCGACUGCUAAACUUCAACACCUGCGGCAUGAUCACGCCAACCGGUGAGACGCCGACGGGCUUUAACAGCCCUUGGUUGGGAUAUGUGGAGUCAAUCCCUCAGUUUCAGACGGUUUUUAUCCUGUCCAAAUGUGCGGUCACGUUGAUCAGCGAGUGGCAAGCCGUAGGCCCAGCUCGUUGCUUGAGCUACCCUGGAAAAGAAGCUCACAUACGUCUGGGAGGAUACAGUCAAACGACUGAAGUGAAGUGUGAGGAUCGCGAUGGAACGACCGUUUGUGAUCCUCCGACGCAGAAAAUCCCGAUCGACAGCAUCACCAUUCACCCGCAGUACAACAGACCCAGUUACAGUAACGACAUUGCGCUGGUUCGUCUCGCACAGGCGGCAGAUGUAUCGCGAGCGAAUGUAAAACCUAUCUGCCUGCCCGUCUUCGACGAGAUUCGCAGCUACGACCCUUCCAACUUGAUGACGGACGUGUUUAGGGAGAGCUCACGUUACCCGAUCGAAACUACGGUGAAUGAAGGAUACGUCAAUGGCACGGAGUGUCAGCGAAUAUGGGAUGGUUUAGCUCUUAAUCUGGACGUUGACGGCACCAAAAUGUGUAUCCACCAGGAGUUUACAUCCGACGCGGGAUGUCUGACUGUGUGGCCUGGAUUUGCACUGUACUCCAUGCAUAGCUUAUUGGGGCAGAACAGAUCGUUCCUGCGAGGUAUCGAAGUACUCGAACCAGGAGAGUGUACGCAUUACUAUCCCAAUGUUUACACCGACGUCGAUGUCUACUUAGAUUGGAUCCUCGAGAACUUGGAUGACAGUAAGGCUACGGUGGAUGUGUCCAUUCGAUUCACUCCAUCUGGGCAAUCGUUCGACUUGCGAGAGAAAUUAGUCUUAGCCUAGAUGCCUUAACACGGGUGUAAUUUGGGGACAAUGAACCAAUUGUUCACUCAAUACGGUAUCUUUUAAAAGAUUGUAAGCGAAACUCUCCGUACUAGAUUUUUAAGCAGAGAGA